UUAGUACUAGUUUUUUCUUUUGUCAGCCUGCUGACUAUGUGAAACAGUAACUAACCAUCUCAAGUCCAAGUGGGUUUAUUGUCUAUUGGAACAAAUGUUAUUUCUGCAGGACCACUGUGCAGCAUAUAAAGUGCAAAUACACAACAGUGUGAGAUAAGUAAAUAAAUACAUAGGAGAAUAAAUUUCUUUAUAUGCUUUAGGAAAAGGCAUUAACUAGACAAGACACCAGAAUAGUACUGGAUGGAAGGGACAAGAAUAUUAUUGGUGAAUUAAUCUUAUGGUGUGUAGCAGUGCAUGGGCCUUGAUUUUGUGUAUGGUGUGCUGAUGAUGUACAGUAGUCAAGUAGAUGGCCAAAAGUUUGUCCCUCGCUUGUGUGCAUUUUGAACAUCCCAUUCAAGAUAUAGUCCCCUCUUUGCUGUUUAUAAUAGCCUCCAUUCUUCUAGGGAGGCUUUUCGCUAGAUUUUGGAACAUGGCUGUGGGGAUUUGUGCUCGUUCAUUCACAAAAACAUUAGUCAAAUCGGGCCCUGAUGUCAGGUGAGGUGGACGGGGUGCAGUGUAUUCCAAAGGUGUUCAGUAGGGUUGAGGUCAGGGCUCUGUGCAGGACACUCAAGUUUUUACACACCAACCUUGACACACCAAGUCUUAAUGAACUUCGAUUUUGUGCACAGGGCUUAUCAUGCUGGAACAUAUUUGGGCCUCUUGGUUCCAGUGAACUAUGAGGCCCAGACCUGUUCCAGUUUUGGCCAUGUGGUGUAUGCUGUGUGCAUGUAGUGUGAGUCAUUUCACAUUUUAGUGUGUGCUAUGGCAUCCUGUUUCUCAUUUCCUUUUUGCAGGGGACCUGAGACUUGGGUGCAUUUCAGAGAGAUCUUCCCUGCUGAAAUAACCAUUAGAGACAAAGUGCUGUGACCUCCAGAUUUAAAACAGGAAAAUCCUUAUCAAAAUGUUAAAGGGAAAAAGCAGAAUUGACCUUCACAUUGUUGGGAAAAGAUAUGACAUUAAAUGUCAUUUUAAAGUGACGUGCAGGAAUCUACAGGAAUCAAACUUGAGUUUUGGUAACCUUUCUCUCUAAAGGCAUCUUUGUGUGUUGUGAAGGUAUCAUACUCCCUGACCAGAAUGAUUAAUUAGAUGCAGUUCAGUGGUCAUUAGUUCAGAGGGGAUCUCAAACAAUAUCUUUUGAUUCCAAAACAACUCUCAGUCCACAGGCAUGGCCCGGCAACUGCAGCUUGCCUCACAGCUUGCUUCACAACCUCAAAACACAGACUACAUAUUCUCAUUUUGCAUCCUGUUUACAUCACAAACAUGAGCUUGGCAAGGUCCACUGGGACCUGGCAGUGCCAUGUGGGCCUGGCUUCAGCUCAGCCUGGCUUAUUGUUUCCCCCGAGCCGGGAUUUCUCUACCCAGUACUGGGGGAGGGUGGAGAGGGAGACUGAAAUGGCCGAGGGGAGCAGGACAACAUUACAAGGAAGUUGCACUGGACGUCUACAGGCUCUCAUGCUUUUCUUGUUCUUCUGGACGUGGAUAGGAUUUAACAAUUUGAAUCUGUUUCAGCAAAUUGUUAGAUAAUUGAAGGUCCUUAUGAAGACCCAACUCUAUUGGAAAAUUUUGGAGUCUUAGGCCACAAUAUGUCGAAUGCCAUUCUUCCUUCUUGAAGUGAUUCCGGUACUGCUAUAUUGGAUGCAGUUGAAAAAGCAGAAAAAGAAGAAAUAUGCGUUCUCUUGCCCCAGUGGAUUAACCUAAUUGUACAGCGAUGAAAGAGUGAAUAAGAUUGAAAAGCUGAGACAAAUACAAGUGAAUAUAAGAGAAAAAAAGUUGGCGUUUGUGCCAUCAUUUCCUGGGUGGCCUAGUUGGUCAAGAUGACCAGUCUGUUUCGGCGGAGCAGCAAUGGCGGCUCCCGUGGAGGAGGAGGAGGAGGUGGAGGAGGAGGGGAAGCAGGUGGAGGAGGUGGAGGAUCGGCCCCAGGAGAACUGAACAACAGUAGGCCUAACCGACAGGUGCGGCGGCUGGAGUUCAACCAGGCCAUGGAAGACUUUAUGACCAUGUUUCCUAGCAUGGAGUAUGAGGUGAUCGAGUGUGUACUGCGCUCCAACAAUGGGGCUGUGGAUGCCACCAUUGACCAGCUUCUGCAGAUGAGCAUUGGUGACGAUGGAUCAGAUGACAGCUCAGACUCUGAUGACAGCAUCCCACCUGAGAUUCUGGAGAGGACCCUCGAACCAGACAGCUCAGAUGAAGAGCCACCACCAGUCUAUUCUCCACCCACGUAUGACAUGCACAUAUAUGACAGGAAAUACCCCAAUGCCCCGCCCACUCCUCCCCCAAGGUUUGAAGUGCAGCCUACAGUGGGACAGCAGCAUACGCCGAGUUACAGGAACUGGAACCCCCCGUUACUCGGCAACCUGCCCGAUGACUUCCUUCGAAUCUUGCCCCAGCAGUCAGACAGUAUACAGAGCUGUCAAAGCAGCACGCGUGAGCCAUCAUCGUCCCUGGCAUCACUGCCUCAGCAGGUUGCCUGUGUUGCUGGAGCAUCUGGAGCCUCUGAGCAGGAACGCAAGCUUAAACAGUACCUGGAAGAUGAGCGCAUUGCUCUCUUCCUCCAGAACGAGGAGUUCAUGAAGGAGCUGCAGCGCAAUCGCGAGUUUCUUGUCGCACUGGAACGAGAUCGCCUGAAGUAUGAAUCAAAGAAAUCUAGGUCAGCUGGUAACUCUACAGGUAACCACUACACUCCUGGAUCAUUUGAGGCAUGCACGGUAGUGUCAGAUGACGCUCUGUUCAGAGACAAACUGAAGCACAUGGGAAAAUCAACCAGGAAGAAACUGUUUGAGAUCGCCAAAGGGUUUUCAGAAAAGACGAAACGAAGAAAGGCCAAAAGAAGGACCCUCCUGAGACAUCAUUCAUUGGGCACUGCCAACUCCACUGCAAAUCUACUGGAUGAUGUGGAAGGAAACCCCUGUGAGGAGGAGAGUCAGCUCAGAAGAUUGGCCAUGCAGGAAGAGGAGCGGCCCCACAGGGAAGCACUUUCAUGAUCCCUCCUGUCACCUGGAAUAUUUCAAGUAUCCGUAGUAAAAGCAGAGUAACCCGUGACCGACCGCUUGUAGCUCUGUGGUUCCACGAAGGUGGUGUGAGCGAGUCAUCCCCGGCUCCUCCCACACAGUCUCCACCUACGCAGGUUUCCCUAGUCACAGGAAGGGACUAGAAUUCUAAAGCAGCAUUGUAACAUAUAUCUGCAAUAUAUUAACUGUAUAGUAAUUCUUUAAUAUAUGAUUUUAUAUGUAAAACUGAACAAAUACAUUAUUAAAUUUCUGUUUUUCCCCCUGUAUAAUGGUUAAAAAAAAAAAACCCUCUCACUUUGUCUUAGCUACAUUAGAUGUAUUCUUCUGUCGAUUAUUUAUGGUAUAAGAGGAAUUUGGCUUGUUGCAAAUAAUUUUUAUAUCUUUGCAAAAUAUUUAUAUUUCUUCAAACAUACAAUUUGAUGGUCCUGAUGGUCAUGUAACAUUGGAAAGUUUUCUACGAUGUCCAGGAAUCCAAACCUUUAAUUAUAAAAAAGGUAGCCACAUUUGCUCAUGUAAUCCAUUUGUAGUAACACCAAAACGCCUUUUUAAAAUCUGUACUCCCAUUCUGCCUGACUGCAAUAUACCAAGGCAUAAAGGUUCACACUAAAUGUUUGAUGAUGAUGAUGUGCAUCUAUCAUGUGCAGAACUAACUGCCAAUUCAACCGGUGUAAGUGCCCUUUAAUCCAGUAGGCUUAGUCCUGAUUCUCUACUUGUCCAGAACCGAAGAAUUCUCUUGCAGUGUCAAAUGAUGCUGUUACAGUUCUUAAAUAAUUCAUAAAUAUAAUGCUAGAGUUUUUCACUUGAACAUGGGAAAGGGCAGCAAUCUGUGAAUGGACAUCUACCUGCACUGCCACUUGCAUUUUAUAAUCCUGUUAAGAUUCUUUUGUAGUAUUUCCUACAGGAAAGCUAUCUUUAAAAAAAAAAAAUAAAAAAAAUAAAAAAAAAGGCCAGUAUUAGUAUGAUUGAUACAUAUAUAAAUUUUUUUUUAAUUUUUUUUUUUUUUAAAAAAAGACCGUUGUGUUUAGGAUCACCUGACUAUUAUGUUGAGGAGUUAGGUGAACAGAACUUGUUGAAAGAUACCAUCAUGUUAGUUUAAUGUGCUGUUGCUUUUUGAAUGGAUGAUUUUAAUUCUGUUUUAAGCAGUGUGAUUUUAUUGCAAGGGAAGAGCUUCUACACCUUCUUCACUAUUUUAGUUGAUGUUAGCAUUGGGUUUCUGUCAGUAGAAUCAUAGGAAUACAAGAAAUUGUAUUUUUGUGCUAUUAUGCAAUGGAUUCUUAGUAAAUGUAACAAAGUAUCUCUUGGGUUUUUGAGCAGAGAACACUUUUCUAAACAAUGUCUGGACCUUUAUUCUAUUAUUACUGAUUCAAGAUAGCAGGUUUCUCUUUUUUUUUUUGGUAACGCCUCACAGUUUUGCGUGUCAGGUUUCUCCAUCUCCAGCCGUAGGAGGCAUUGCACAGUCCAGCGUUUUUAUGGUCUUUACUUUCUCAAGUAUUCAUUUGUGAGAUACAGAACACAAACAACAUAUGAACAGAAAUAUGAUAUGAUACUUAACAUGUUAGAAUAUCCAGUCCAGGACCUCUUAUUUGAAAUAGCAGUGGGACUCUAUGGAAAAAUUUACUUUGUCAUCUUUCAAGUUUCUUUUUUUUUUUUUUUAAUUUAUUUAUUUUAUUUUAUUUUUUUUUAACAUGUUUUCAUUAAAUGUGUCAAAUUGAGAGUAUUAAAUUACAUAAAUGUAUUUUAUUUGUUUGGUCAGAAACACUUUCUUUAAAAAGUCAUUUAAAUGAUUGCUCUUAGCCUUCAUGACUUUAUUACUAUUAAAAUUGUUUUCUCUUAUUUUUCACCUCAGAGGUUAGUCUUUUAUAAGCAGGUCACCCUGUUUUAAAACUCUUGUAGCAUUAUACAUGUAUGUUACUCCACACUGUGUGACCAUAAAUUCAGUUUGUUUCCUAUAUGAUCUGUUCAACUAACACAUUUAAUUGCUCAGGGAACUUGCUCUAUUUAACCAUUUUGGUACAAGCACAGCUUGAAUGGACAUAAAACGAAAAGUAACAACAGCAGUUUGACAGCUUAAUGUAGCACGGUCACAUGCUUCAUAACGCAAUAAAAACUGUUAAUCUAACCAAACGAUUUUUUAAAUAUAAUGAAAGUAUUUAAGGAUUGUCCUCCAAGAUGUUAUUUUUCUUUUCUUUUGGUAUGUUCUUGAUUUCAUGCCUAAAUUCUCUCCAGAGUUACCUUUGGUCUUCAUAAAGGGUGAAGUUAGGUUGAAUUUACUUUACAGGAUGGUGAAAGUUGUGCAGUAAUGAGUGGUGUAUUGAUCAAUACAGUGUAUGCUUUGAGUGUUUAAUUUUGAUCGGAUUAGAUGGAAUAUUUUCUUAAUGUUAAACUAGGUUAGUAAAUUGAAUUUGUAAUGUAAAAUGGUUAUUAUUAUUAUUAAUAUUAUUAUUGAAGAUAAUUACCUUUAUUUCUAGGACUAUGACUGUAUUUGCCCCACUAAUAAGUGUAAUGGUUCUGUAACCCAUCAUACUAUCCAGAUCUAAAGUUUUCUUACAAUCCUGUUACGUUUAUUAGUUAUUUAAAAGGAAUAAAACUGUUAUGUUGUU